AUGGGUGACACUACCGUGACCUACCGCCAGGGCCGCUUCGAAGGUCUGAUGCCACUUUUUAUGCCGAGCGAAGAACCAUCCCGCAAUACGUUGAGCCACGCCUUCCGUUCCCGCAACUUCUGCCUGGUGGUCUUCUUCGUGAUCGCCAUCAUGUCCGCGGCGUGUGCCUGCGCCGCCGCUGUGGCGGCCGCAGUGGAGUACUUUCAUUCGUCAUCCUCAGACGCGGCCCAAAGUAGCGAGGAAGAAGUCGUGGCCAUUCCCGAACGGUCAGCUCGGGUCGCCUACCAGCGGCUGUCCGAAAACGUGCCUCGCAAGUUAGUCUUCUGCUUCGUCAACGCCAGCAUGCCGUCGGGGUCACCGCGAGCAUUCGACGUUGACAACGUGUCGGUAUCGUUUUGCGACGCGCUCGUCUAUGUCGCUGUCGGCUUGGACCCUGAAGAAUUUACCAUUCGCUUCAAGAACCCAGCUGAGGACGAGGAGGCCAUCCAGAAGCUGUCCAAGAUGAAGGCAACGGAGCCGACAUCCACGCUCGACACUUACGCGUGCGUCGGAGGCGAAGAAAGCGACAGCGCCGACUUUAAGAGCGUCAUACGCACUAAGAAGUCGCGCUUGACUUUCAUCCGCAAGGCGGCGCACUGGGUGCGACAGCGGGGCUUGGGAGGCCUCGUCCUCUACUGGAAGUACCCGACCGAAACAUCGAGGACCAACUUGAGCACGCUACUCAAUACGAUGCGCAUAUACUUCGACAAGGACAAGAUCCGCAUGACCGUCGUGGCGCCCUGGAACGUGGUCACCCGUCGGCACGGCUACUUCGUUCGCUCGCUCUUUGAUCGGCUGGACGUGGUCAUUGUUGACACGCACCGGACUGUGGACUCAAGCUCUUUUCCGGUGACGACUUGCCAGAGUCCCGUGAGAGCCGUAUUCAGGGCCAGGUACCACGGUCAGGUGGGGCUGUCUGCCGUGGUGGACACGAUAGCUUCGGCCACCACCGAGCACGACGUCCUCUUCAAGGUAGUCUUCAGCGUCUCCUUGGCUGGAGUGUCGUUCACUCUGAAGCACCCGCACCUGAAGAACGGCCGUAUCGGCAUCAAGGCUGUCGGAGCGGGUAAGCCGUUCGGCCACACUAAUUUGACCGGCAUGGCCAGUUAUUACGACGUCGUGGAGACCCUGCUGCUCAACCGUAGCUGGACGCGCUUCCUUCACGGCUACUCACGGUGCGUGGUGGCGCACACUCAUGAUCAGUGGGUCGGGUUCGAAGACAGGGUUAGCCUGCGCGCCAAGAGGCCCAUCCUGCGAAGAACACGAGGCAUGGCCGUCUGGGACUUGAGCAUGGACGAUUUCGCGGGCGACUUCGGAUCCACGUGGCCACUGCUGCGCGAGGUACAUGACUUGGUGCAGAGCCAGAACCCGUACACGGUUGUGACAGAUACCAUGCCACUGUUGCCCUGA